GGAGUUUAUCUGGCUGAGUAGCUUAGUCCUCGUUUCCUGAUCAUAGGAGUUACACGGCCAAACUAUGGGUCUCAACGUCAACAAGACUCUGCUUCCCAUUAAAAUAGCCUAUUUCCUCAAAUAUGGAGGGAUCGCAUUUUUUCCCUUCUUGCCAGUAGUGCUACGUAACAAGGGCGUAUCAGCCACAGGUGUGGGACUUAUCUGGGCAGUGACACCCAUGGCCAGCUUUGCCAAUAAUUUGGUGGUGGGCAUGAUAGCCGACGGCUUUAGGAUCCAUCGUGCCUUGUUCUUGUCCGGGAUGGUCAUCCUCAGCUGCUCCUUCGUCUCAGUGUUCUUGCUGCCGCCUGUACCCAGGCCUCCAGGGACUCCAUCAGACGCCUCAGUUUCCCUCCAGUGUGGUGAUAAUAGUAGCCUGGCCGUGUGUUACAGCCAGUCUCAGGCUUUCAACACCUCUGCUCUAAUCUCGGUACAGCAAUGUAAUUUUGGCAAUGAACCUACUCAAAAUGCUACAGUAGAUAACAAUAAGUUAGACUGUACUCUUCAUUGUAGUGUAAUACAAGAUCAAAGCAUUUCUACUGUCAACGAUAAUGAUGAUUUUGAAGCACCGCCUGAAUUUAGUUUUCAUUUUGGUAAGGAAAUUCUUAUACUUUUUGCGGUGAAGGAAACUGUAUCUUCAUCAAUCAAACAAACAGUACACCUUCAUUUACAUGGCCUUACAACACUUGUGGCCAGGAGUACCAGUCUGUAUGUCAGUACCAGUGUCACUCUGAAAGCAGCGACAUCACCCUUGGGGAUAUUUCACACUAAUGAAUUUUGGCUAUAUUUCAUCUGUUUAAUAUUUUUGUAUGGCAGCACUUCCUGCACUACUACCUUGUGCGACACAGUGUGUUUUUUCCUAUUGGGUAAAGAACGGUAUAAAUACGGUCGGCAGCGGAUGUGGGGCAGCGUAGCCUUUGCUAUGGUGGGCAUGGCCAGUGGUGCCCUCGUCAACUUCUUCUCCCGAGGUCAGCCACAGGUCAACUACAUGCCGGCUUUGAUACUGUCAGGCACUUUCCUCGUCUUCAAUCUCAUAGCCUCGUCAAGGAUCAAGUUUAACUUGCCCCAGAAGGAGAAGCUCGAGGCAAAAAAUGUUGGUCGCGUCCUCUGCUCCUCCAGAAUGCUCAUCUUCCUGCUUACAGUUUUGGUGACGGGCUUGAUAUCGGGAGUUGUGAUGACGUUUAUGUUCAUUGUGGUUGAAGACGUGGCCACAGCCUGGGACCCCGACUUUCCAUACAUGAAGCUGCUCCUGGGCAUCAUUCACGGGGUCAGCGUCUUUCUGGGAGAAGUUCCCUUUAUGUUUCUCUCGUCAACUGUCAUCAAGAGACUGGGUAACAUCCCAACUUUUGCGGUGUCACUGGCAAGCUACAGUAUUCGAUUCUUCGUCUUCUCCUUCAUUAUCAACCCAUGGCUCUUCAUCGUUACCAGUCUCCUCCAUGGACUAUCCUUCGGCCUCUUCUACCCUAACAUGUCCGCCUAUGCCAGUUUAAUGUCACCAAAAGGUGCCCAGGCUGUGAUGCAAGGCAUUGUCAAGUCCGCUUUCAUUGGAGGAACAUGCUUGGGAGGGGUGGUGGGAGGUGUGCUACUGAAGACGGUGGGUGGCUCGAUGGGUUUUCGUUACAUUAGUCUUCUUGCUGGCACCUACGCUGUCUUCUUCGUCAUCGCUCAGCUCCUCAUCCACAAACUCUGCUCAAAACACACUCCAGAGGACGACCGUGGAGAGUACUCAGCCCCGGGCUCUGGAGAGGUAACCCAAAUUGACCUGGACGCAACUGUUCUAGCCUCCGUCACAGAUGACAGUAUAUAUUCUUCUAGCCUUCAGAUUGCCUGACCAUCCAUGGAGACUGCCCUUGAGUACCAUAAAGACUGAGUAGAGCAAGCCUUUGUGUCUAAGCGUCUGUUAUUCUUUUUGUCGGCACUCUGCUCUCCAACUACGAGAUUGUCAGUUUUACUGUCAGUUUCCCUCAUAUUGAGGGGUGCCACGCCUUUGGUGUAUCCAUCAGAUUUCUCUUCUGUUACAUAAGAAAGAAUGAACACUGCAGCAGACCUAGUGGCCCAUGCGAGGCAGGUCCAUGCCACCCCCCGGCUUAGACCAAUGACCCACCCAGUCAGGUCAUAUCCACUUAAGGAAGGAGCACGGCAUCAGACCUAGUAGCACAAGCUAGUCAGGUCCAACUCACACCCACUCAAUAUUUAUCUAACCUAUUUUUAAAACUUCACAACGUUUUAGCUUCUGUGACGGUACUCGGGAGUUUGUUCCACUCACCCAUAAUUUUAUUACCAAACCAGUGCUUUCCUAUAUCCUUCCUGAAUCUGAAUUUAUCCAACUUGAAACCAUUGCCGCGAGUCCUGUCUUCGCUAGAUAUUUUCAGCACGCCAUUUACAUCCCCUUUAUUUAUUCCUGUUUUCCAUUUAUGCAGCUGAUGCUGUCUGUUGACAUGUACAUAUAUUGAUAAGUUUAUUAUUGGUCUGUAACACGUUCCUGAUUAUUUUUUCUGCAGUUUGUAAUUGGUAAAUAAAAUUACCGAAUCUAAAACAAAUUACAACAAACUUACAAAUAGAAAUGGACAUUUUACAUUCCGUUCAUCCUGGCCCAUUUGUGACUCCUAAUUGUAUUGAGCAUUCAGCUAUGAGGAUAACAAAAAUAUAUCUAACAGUUUAAACACGAUUGUGGCAUUACCAGGUAGCGCUAGUUGAACACAUAAAUGUGUAAACAGUUCUCAUUUGCUACUUGUAUGUGAAACCUUAGUAUAAUUUCCCGUAGAUUUAUAAAUAAUUCCCAAUUUUUUUUUUAAUUAGCCAUACCCCUUAGUGGAGGUUGUUUGAUGACGAUGAGGAGGCUCUUGAUCCCAAAAAAACCGGAUCUGCCCUUCCCUUUCCUUCGAUCGAACCUGAAUGCCUCGCAUUUCCACAGGCCCAUUAUGACCCCUCCGGGUUGUACUUCAGUAACAACUGGGAAUCUUGAGUAUGUAUCGACAGUAACUUUAAGUAAGGCUGAAAUGUCAGAUGGGGAUAUUUGUAUAGAAAUGUCUUUUUUCGUCAUUUAGGAAUACAAUACCAUAAAUUAACACACAACAAAGUAUUUCUGCAUUGUGUCUUAUUCAUCAAGAUGACAUUAUACAUCUUGAAUCACAGGAUAUAUACACCGGGAGGUGUAUUUUUCUCAGCGUAUAAUGUAUAUAUUGAGAGCGUACUUUAAUCCCUACUUUAGAGUAUUAAAGUUUUCUUGUCUGUGGUGAAAAAAAUGAAAUGUGCAGCCUAGUGUAGGCGAUAGUCUUUAAACACAAUUAACCAACCACUGAUCUAAAGAUUUUUGCCACACCUUCAAUGCAAGGUACGAAAUACAAUUUGUAAGAAUAAUACAGUGGGAAAUAAAUAAACAAUAGACCACUCACCGUUAGCUACGAAAUUUAAUACUGAUGGAGGUGAGGAGGUCCAGGCAGGAGAACAUGAAGAUGGGAGUGAAGACUAACAAAACUAACUCGUGUCUUGUUUUUAAUGGAUAGAAACCUUUUUUAUACAAAUGGUACUGAAGAUUACUUAUUGACUAAGUGCGCCGAAAUUCAGGUUUGAGAAUCUCAAGGUCUUUGGGAGACCCUUGAACAACACGUCUGGAAGCAAACUCACUUGCAGAUUAACUUAAAAGUUUUAUCAACAUUUAACUUGCUUUGCUUUACAAACAAUAAAAGGUGUGCCCAAUAUAUAAAUUAAUAAAUGGCGUAUUCGUGAGCUAAUAUUGACGCUGUAUGAACGCUAUGGGUUUAGCGCUUCCCAAUAAACGUAAUAAUUCACACUGACUAAGCUUGCUUGCUCAUAUUUCCCAUAUUUUUUAUUGAUAAAUCAGCAUACAUUCGUGAAUUUAGACGCAAGACUUGCCUGGAUAAAUUUAUACUGCAAAUAUUACAAAAUGUAAAUUCAAUCCACAUUAUUAUUAUUAUAAUCAAAAAGAAAUUCGAUCCACAAAAUGGCAAAAAAAUGAAGACGAUGCUCUCCUCGAGCAAGUGCCAAAAUUUGAAGAAACAAAAUCAAUGUAAAUGAGGCCACUAAGACACAAUUUAACAUAUCUGUUUACUGAGUGUUGUGGUCCAGCCUCACGUGUGCUCCCGGGCAACCGUCCAAAAAUCCUCUCGUUCCAAUAUACGUAUUUCCUCCUUCAGUCUAUAUGUGGGGGGGGGGAUGCCUUUGAAGAGCUCUUGAUCCAAGGAAUCAGAGCUAUCUUCUGAAGAGCUCUUGGCCCAAGGAAUGGGAACUAUCCCUCUGGAUUCAGAGCUGUAUGACCGUUUCGGGUCUAGCGCUUGAAUUAAUUAUAAUAACAUCCUCUGUAAUAUUUUAUUACCUCCCAUUCCCCAUGCGCUAUGUGAAUUAUUAUUACGUGAGCAAAUUACCUACAUGAGGUUUACAGGGUAUUACCUGAAUUAUUACGUGCAAGUAAUUUGGGCGAGGUAAAUGGGACUUAGUCACAGCAGGUCGUAGAACUGUCACUCCCUCGAUGCCCACUCCCUACUCUCACAAAAAGCUAGACCUGAAUUAAAUUAAUAAUUACAAUAUUAAAACCAGUUACUCUGGUAGAUUAAAAUUGUGUGGACUGUAUGUUUUAGUUUACUUGCUGGGUACACAAAAUAUAACUAUUAGUAAAAUACAUAUAAUACAAUGGUGUUAUUAGAAAAGAAAUUCGUAUUACCACUUACCAUUUAAUUACUGGAUCAUAAUUAUUGAUUUUUGGAAACACACCCUAACGCUACCACAACAGCUGAAUUUACGAAGGCCAACGCAAAACGACUGUACAUUAUGGGCAAGCAUCACUUAGCUAAGGUGUGCUCCUGGGAAGAAUCGGUGUCCUUUAUUUUUUCCGUUCUUGUGGCCGAAUUGUUAGAAUU